AUGCUCCCUGACGUGCUCCGGAUCCCGUCCCAACCUGAGCGGCACCACGGGCGGACGGAGCCGUUAGAAAGCCAAGAACACAAGGUGAAGAAAAGUCAACCAAGGACCUCUCCCGGUGAAUACCUCACUGUUCUCGCCGGGAUGUGGGUUGCCCUGGUAACCAAAAGGGAAGAACUGGGAUGCCAAGGGGUCAGUCCCAGAGCUGGUGGCCUCAAGUUUGACUCUGGGAGUGACGUGGACCCCGGAUCUUCCUUCACCAGCCAUGAAAGCAUCUCGAUGUGGCCAGUUUAUUUCGAUCUCUACCCAGAUGGAGAGGCACCCAGCAACUCCCAGAACAUUAUUGGAGGCUACGUAGUGGUGCCCCACUUGGCCAGGUACUUGGUGUCUCUGAAGAGGAAGACAGGCCACCACUUCUGUGGCGGAGUGCUGAUCAGUUGGAGCUGGGUUUUGACCGCCGCGCACUGUAGGGCUGGAAACAGCCAGAUGUUGAUCGUAGCUGGGGAAUAUUCUCUCUCUGCAUUUGAAGGCACGGAACAGGUUUUCCGACCGGCUCGCAUGGUGGUCCACCCGGAUUAUAACCCCACUUCCAAGAAUGCAGACCUCAUGCUGGUUAAGCUCCGCAGGCCAGUGGCGUACAGCCCCUUUGUCUCCAUCGUCCCCCUCCCCGCACAAGGAGUGACGGCCAGGGAGGGCCGCUUCUGUCAAGUCUCCGGCUGGGGCUACACCUCCCCCUUUGGGGGGCGCACCUCGGACACCCUGCGCAGCGUACACCUUCCCAUCAUCCCGACAGGGAAGUGCAACGGCUCCUCGUCAUACGCCGGGCACAUCACCAAGAACAUGAUCUGCGCUGGGUUCAGCACUGGGGGCAAAGAUGCAUGUCAGGGCGACUCUGGGGGGCCGCUCGUCUGCGACGGACGUGUUUUCGGGAUCGUCUCCUGGGGCCACAGCUGUGCCAGCCCCAAGUACCCAGGCGUCUACACGGCGGUGGCCAACUUUCAGAGGUGGAUUUACAAGGCCAUCCUGGAGAACUGAGGACCUGCUUAUUUCCUGGCACCUGCUGGUCCAAUAAA